AACUCUAAUCACUAGGGAAAAACUUUCUCAUUAUACCAAUAUUUCUAUAUUCAAAAUAAAAUCACCCAAAAUAAUCGAUUCGUCUGAUAAAAUUCAGAGCCUGAUAUACACAGGUUCUGUUGUAAUCGUGACGUCUUGAGCGGUGUCUCCACCUUCUCCACUGUUGUGUAAACAUAUAUAUAUGUGUGUAAACACUCGUUUCUGUCAAAAGUCAAUAUUUUCCAGGCGGUGAAAAAUGAAUUUAGUAGAACAUUUUUUAAAAACUAUGCGACAAGGGUUUUAAUCGGAGCACCGAAAGUCUUGUAUAUUUUGGUUAGGGAGCUUCGCAGAUCAUCAUUCAGAAUUUUACAAAUCACUGAAUUUGUCAGAGUCUAACCUAGAGAUUUCGAACUGAAAAUACGGUAUUGAAGAUGGAUAACAUAUUUGGGAAAGAGGAUUCUGGUAACGAGAGUGAGCCUGUUGACAUUGAGGGUAAGGACAGUCCAUCCAGACCUGGAGCAAGAGACAGUGAUGCCAUGGAUGUUGAUAACCCUCCAUCAAAGACAGAAUCCGAUGCUUUGAGUCAGCAUUCGCAAUCGGAUAAUGAUGAGCUGGGUUCCCAACAGAUGGGUAGUGGGAUGAUUCUUGAUAACCAAAUAAAUUUGAAGAAUGGUGUGCCCAAUAAAGCCGAACAGGAAGAUAUUUUUGCUAAUGAUAUAAUGCUAUCACACUCUGUUCCUACAAACAUAGAAGGAAGGAGGGAAAGCAGAGAGAAGAGUAAAAGAGAAUUAGAAGAAGAAGAACGAGAAAAAAUGCAGGUCUUGGUAUCAAACUUCACCGAAGACCAACUCGACAGAUAUGAAAUGUAUCGGAGAGCCGCAUUUCCUAAAGCUGCGAUUAAAAGAAUCAUGCAGACAAUAACCGGAUGUUCUGUUUCACAAAAUGUUGUUAUAGCAAUGUCAGGUAUAGCCAAAGUAUUUGUUGGCGAAAUUGUCGAGGAAGCUCUAGAUGUGAUGGAAACUCACGAAGAAACCGGGCCACUGCAACCUAAACAUUUGAGAGAAGCGGUGCGCAGAUUACGUCUUCAAGGGCAGAUACCGAAUGGCAGAACGCAAAAAGCGUUCUUCAGACUCUAAAAAGAGCCUUAAUUUUAAGCCUGAUUUUAAUGAAAUUCCACAGGCAUGUAAUGUGUACAUAAUUAAGUUAAAUCCCCAAUUAAUAUCUUGCGGUAACAUCUAAUUCUGGAGAUACAAUAUUUUCAUUUUCAUGUUGGAAAUUGUUCAAUUUAGCUAUUUCAUGUUCGAAUUGGCGCGAAAAUCUUUUUUGUAUAUGAUAUUUUUAGUAUAUUGUGGACUCAUCAUAUUAUUAGCUAGGCGAAGAUUCAUAGUAUAUUGUGCACUUAGGGCGCAAAGGCGGUUUUCGCUCCUGAGUGUGUAAUUCACUGCUUGAGUGGGGAGGAGAGAUUCGGCGAUUUCAAAAGCCGACUUUUGACAGAUCACCGUGCAUAGCAGUGGGCCUAAUGAAUGAAAGACGAGUCUUACCCAGACUUCCAAUACCUGUGUAAUACUGUAGCCCAGAAGCUUUUUGCAAUGUUGAUGCUCAUAAAUGGAACUCACUAGGAGAAAUCUUUUAAGAGCUCUAUGCGUCAUUAGGGAAUGCGAAAUACCAAUCUUCAUCACAAUAAAUUGACUGUCCAUUCAAUGUUGUGGAAAGCUACAGUAUUGAAACAUUGCUAAUAAUACACAUAAACUCUGACACGUAUUAAAAAUAGUAAAGAUUCCUAUCAACAAAAUUCCCAAAAGUUAUAUUCUUGUAACAUUAACUUGAUUGAUCAAUUGAAAAAGAAAAAACAUUAUUUCUGUAAUUGUACAUAAUAAACAAAAAUAUAUAUUAUCGAAAA